GCUCAAAGAUUCAUGAGUUACUGACGAUGCCUUCAAAUAAUGAAUCGAACACACAGGACCUGCGACUCUCAUUCUGAGAGCACCUCCUGGCUUUCAGAGUUUUCUCACUAACGACUCAAGAAUUCGAAUUUCUUUUUGCUAGUACCUAGGUAUUGGUAAACUUAAGUCAACACCUCAAUCUCAUUUUCUUGCUUAUUUCGAGCUAUCGUUAUAAGUACACCUCCUCUAACUAAGUCUAAGCGAUUCAUUUCGUUUUCUUCCGACUAAAAGAAAAUGGCGCGAACUAAGACCAGUAAUCGGGCUGCCCCGAAGAGCAAGAAGGCCGUUGCAAAGAAGGAACACGAAGAGGCGGGAAAGGUAAUCACUAGUUUAUUUUUAAUCCUCUAGCACUAGAGCUUCUAUUUAUUUGACAAGGAUGACAAGAUUGUGAUUCAGUUUAUUAAUUUUUGAUCGUUGAGUUGACAUUCAAAUUCAUUCUUAUUGUUCCCUCAACAUAAAAGAUUCUUUCCUCAAUCAACAACACAGAAAUCCGCUGUUUCUUUUAAUGGCUCCGCAUCCGCUGGAGGCGAAGUAAGCGCGACUGGCCUGAUGGCUCCAGCCCAGAAGGAAAACCAUGCCGUGUCCCUCGGUGUGAAGAAGCGCCACGCAAAACCAGGUCAAGCUGCCAUUCGGGAGAUUAAGAAGUAUUCAUUGCUACUAUUUUUUUUGAUCAUUUAGGCAAGCUGCCAUCCGGGAGAUUUUCAAGUACUACUACUACACUACUAAGACUAUCUUCUUCUUCUUGGUCUUGAACUUGAUGGUUCGUUCUUCGACUCGAAAUUGUAACCUUAGCAACAAGAACACCUACAACAAAAAUCGGCAAUCAAUCUUCCAACAACUCCUAUCCUAUCGUCCUACGCAGCCAAACCACUCCCCUAAGCCACUGUUCCAAACAAUCAAAUCCAAGGUACCAAAAGUCUACUGAUCUGUUGUUGCGUAAGUUGCCGUUCCAGCGUCUGGUUCGUGAAGUGUUGAUGGGAGAUGAUCGCGCCAGCGAGUUCCGUUUCCAAUCCCAGGCAUUGCUCGCCCUCCAAGAAGCCGCAGAAGCUCACAUUGUGGGUCUCUUCGAAGACACGAACUUGUACUAGCUACUUUUUACUGUUUGUUCAUUUUGAUUUUUGAUUGAAGUGAUUUUUUUUUAUUUUCUUGGUACGCGUAGGUACGUAUCACGUACUUCCAGUAUGCUUUCAUCACACACAAUAAUAAUAUGCCUUCGACAAUAAAAGAUUCAGAGUUUCUCUAUUCUGGCUUUCCAACAACAAAGGUGCGCUCUCCAUGCUAAGCGAGUGACGAUUAUGAAGAAAGAUUUGCAGCUAGCUGUCCGUAUCCGUGGUGAAAAGCGCGACGCCACUACCCCCUACUAAGCGGACAUGUACUAGAGGUGCUGCUGCUGUUUUAAGCAGACAUGUCAAUCAUGUCGUGGUCGUGAGUAUAAGGAGAAAACAAUUGUUUAGUCAAUGAAAUUAUGAUUCUCGAUUGUGAAGAAGUUGUUAAAGAUCGAUUAAUGGUAGUUGUGAAAAAUUUCCGUCUGGCUGCUUUUGGGAGCACACAGACUCAGCUAUAUAAAGAUUAUGUUUUUAUUUUGAAGAUGAAAGAAGAUGAGGAGACGAUGAGGGGGAGAAAACAAGAAUCGAGCAACUACAUAUGAUUAACUCUUCCGACUAAUUGCCAGUGCCACGACUGAUAGAGAUCAUAGGGGUGGAGACACGAACAAGGAUACAACUAGCAGCAGUAGUCGUGUUUUCAGUAAAUUUAUUGUUGUGUAGUUUUUAGCUACGCAGAUAAAUUCUUUUCUCUGAUUGUUUUGAACUUAAUUUCUGAUGUAAUUUACCGCCAGCGCAAAUCUUUCUUAAUUCUUCAUCAACUCAUACAGCUUAUUACAUAUCUAUAGAACAACAAGAAUUCAACAUCUCUUGGACAAGAAGAUGAUAACUUCAAAAACAAUUAUAUUUUUACGAAUCCUAGCCUACAAAUACGUACAAGACGAACAAAAUCCUUUGCAGGUGGUAAGUAAGAAGUUCAUACCAGCUGUGUACUUAGGAUUAUACCCAACAUUUCAAAUACUUCGACGACUCUGUACUUCUGAUAAGGUGGUGAAAAAAUCCGUGCUCUCGAGGGGUGUAGUUAGAUGAGGUACGUAUUCAAGGUAGAACGUGUCUACUCCAAGAAAUUGGAGCUCGUUUAGCUCGACUUAAAUCUAGUACUAGAACUAAAAGCUAUGAUUAUGAAUGAUUCCUUGUUUAAUAGGGGUGAAAUUAUGAAAGGAAACAUUUGCAGAACAAGAUGAACCCAUGAACAAGUAGAUCGAAACAUAAAGAAUGACACACACAGACGACGGGGAGGAAAUUUAGGAGACGCAAAAACGAUCAAUAAGUGGAGAUGCAACUCGUUACCAUUUUUUAUCUCCACUGAUUGCACGAACUAACAUGAUAUUAAUAACUAAAAAUAUUUCUUCUAACUUUUUUAGAAAUCAUCGUUCGGAGAAGUCGACGCAGGGUACUAGUGGAGUUAUUCUACUUCCUCGGGAGUGGUCUCUCCGUAAUCUAUUAAAGCUUCAGAUUGAUGGCGCAUUUCUCGUGCGCCUCUCGACUUGCAGGAC